AAGAUGUGCCAUCAGAUAGCACUGGGAAUGGCCUACUUGGCUGAACAGCAGAAGUUUGUCCAUCGAGACCUUGCAGCCAGGAACUGCAUGCUAGACUCGGGAGGAGGUAUCAGGGUGGGGGACUUUGGUCUGGCUGAAGACGUCUAUACUAGCGGUUACUUCAGACAGACCGACCGAGCCAAUGUGAAGCUGCCGUACAAAUGGAUGGCCUUGGAGAGUCUCAACGAUGCUAUCUUCACAGAGAAAACUGAUGUGUGGUCAUACGGUGUGACUGUGUGGGAGGUAUUUAAUGGAGGACGGACCCCCUACCCUGCCGUGGACCCACACUCCCUCAUCCAGCUGCUGGGAGAGGGGCGGAGACUAGAGAAACCUCUCACUGCAGCCUGUGCUACCGAGAUGUAA